CACUGAUGCGAGGCGCUCCAAACUCUGAACGGGCUCGGUUCUGGAAUGAUUCUGCUGUAACAUGCCCUCAGGAGCUCCACAUGGGGCAGUCCUUGCCUGUUCAGAGAGUUAGGCAGUGCUCCACCCCUCCGCCCCCCUUACAGCUCAGUCUGUGCUCCAGAGCUUGAGCAGCGCCAUGUGCAGCGGCGGGACCUGCUGGAGCGUGUGCUGGUCUUCAUGAGCGAGUGCUCCUCGACUGUAUGCGGUUGUAACCAUGGUAACGACAGGGCGGGGGGUGUGGACCCUCUCCCCCUGCGUCCUCGUGCUGCUCGUCUGCUGGUCGGAGCAGACCGAGGUUAAACCUGCAGACUGCAGCUCCAAGGAGCAUCCCAUCGCCUCCUACCAAGCAUUGCGUUCGUGGAUGUCUGAGUUUUCCCACCCAGGGGCCAAGGACUUCUCCCAGCUGGCCGUUGACCUGAGCAGGAAGCAGCUGAUCGUAGGAGCCAGAAACUCUCUUUUCCGGCUGACUUUGAACAACGUCUCCCUCAUUCAGGCAUCAGAAUGGGCUCCCGAUGAAGACACAAGGCGUUCAUGUCAGAGUAAAGGCAAAUCUGAGGACGAAUGCCAAAAUUACAUCCGGGUUCUGCUGGUCAGUGGGGCAUGGCUCCUCACCUGCGGCACCAACGCCUUCACCCCGGUCUGCAUGACCCGGCAGAUUUCAAACAUCAGCAAGGUGUUGGAGACAGUCAACGGCGUGGCCAGAUGUCCUUACGACCCCCGCCACAACUCCACUGCCAUGGUGACGGAGCGGGGCGAGCUCUACGCCGCCACAGUCAUUGAUUUCUCCGGCCGGGAUCCGGUCAUCUACAGGAGCCUAGGGAACAUGCCGCCACUGCGCACCGCCCAGUACAACUCCAAGUGGCUGAACGAGCCUCAUUUCGUGUCGUCCUACGGGAUCGGCCCAUUUGCUUACUUCUUCCUGAGAGAGUCCGCUGUGGAAAAUGACUGCGGAAAGAUGGUGUUCUCCAGGGUGGCCCGGGUAUGCAAGAACGACAUGGGGGGGCGGUUCCUGCUAGAGGACACCUGGACCACCUUCAUGAAGGCCCGCUUGAACUGCUCACGUUCUGGAGAAAUCCCCUUCUACUACAACGAGCUGCAGAGCACCUUCUACUUACCAGAGCAAGACCUGAUUUACGGCAUCUUCACCACGAAUGUGAACAGUCUCUCAGCCUCUGCUGUAUGUGCAUUCAACCUGAGCGCCAUCACUCUCGCCUUUAACGGGCCCUUCCGCUACCAGGAGAACCCCCGCACCUCCUGGCUCUCCACCCAAAACCCCAUCCCCAAUUUUCAGUGCGGCACACUGGAGGAAGACGGGCCAGGAGAAAACCUGACCGAGCGCAGCCUGCAGGACGCCCAGCGCCUCUUCCUCAUGAAUGACGUGGUCCAGCCCGUCACCAUCAACCCACUGCUCACUCAGGACAGCGUGCGCUUCUCUAGGCUGGUGGUGGACAUUGUCCAGGGCAAAGACGCUCUCUACCACGUCAUGUACAUUGCAACCGAAUACGGGACCAUCCUGAAAGCUCUGGCCACAACCAACAAAAGCCUACAUGGCUGCUACCUGGAAGAACUCAGGAUCCAACCUCAGGGUCAAGCUGGACCAAUCAAAAGCCUGCAUUUACUCCACAGUGACAGAUCCUUGUUUGUAGGCCUUGACGACCGAUUGCUGAAGAUCCCGUUGGAGCGUUGUUCCAGCUAUCUAACCGAGGGUCAAUGUCUGGAGACCCGAGACCCUUACUGUGGAUGGGAUCACAAACAGAAGCGCUGUAGCACCUUUGAGGAGAGCUCCAACAUGAACCAGUGGAUCCAAAACAUCACAGAGUGUCCAGUGAGGAACCUGACACAGGAUGGGGGUUUUGGUCCAUGGGCACCAUGGCAACCGUGCAACCAAGAUGAAGGUGACGGCUUCUUCAGCAGCUGCUGGUGCCGAUCCCGGUCGUGUGACGGACCGGUUGCCAAAUGCGGAGGUCUAGACUGCAAAGGUCCAACCAUCCAAGUGGCCAACUGUUCCAGGAAUGGUGGCUGGACUCCGUGGUCCUCCUGGGGCCACUGCAGCAGCAGCUGCGGAAUUGGGUUUGAGGUGAGGCAGAGGUCCUGCAACAACCCAGCGCCUCGCCACGGAGGUCGGAUCUGCGUGGGACAGGGUCGGGAGGAGAGGCUCUGCAAUGAGAAGAAACCUUGUCCCCUGCCUGUCUCAUGGACCUCCUGGAGCUCCUGGACCCACUGCAGUGCUGAAUGUGGAGGGGGGGUUCACUCAAGGACUCGGACCUGUGAGAAUGGAGCGAUGUGUCCAGGAUGCACCACGGAGUUUAAGGUCUGUAACUUAGAGGCCUGUCCUGAGGUUCGCCGCAACACCCCAUGGACCCCUUGGAUGCCAGUCAAUGUCAGCCAUGAUGGGUCGCGGCAAGAGCAGAGAUUCAGGUACACCUGCCGGGCGCUCCUGCCCGACCCCCAGCAGCUCCAGCUGGGGAAGAAGAAGCUGGAGACCCGGUUCUGCCCCAAUGAUGGUUCUGGAGCUUGUCAGACUGACCCCCUAGUUGAAGAAUUACUAAAGUCAAAUGGCAGAACUCUGUCCCAGCCCCAAAAUGCCAAAUGGGGAAUGUGGGAAAUGUGGUCCGGUUGUUCCCACCUGUGUUCUGGAGGCUUCAGAACCAGGAAACGUAGCUGCUCCACAGCAGAAGGCAGGACCAACCCCGCCACCUGUGUUGGGUCUCCAGUGGACUAUCAGGACUGCAACACUCAGCCCUGCAAAGUGGGAGGAGCCUGGACGUGCUGGUCCUCUUGGUCCCAGUGCUCUUCCAGCUGUGGGGGUGGGUACUACCAGCGGGCUCGAACCUGCAGCAACCCACCACCCUCAAACGGGGGAGACAUUUGCAUCGGCCUGCAUACAGAGGAAGCUCUCUGCAAUACCCAUGCCUGUGAAGGCUGGGGAGAAUGGGCGAACUGGGGGGAGUGUGAUGAAGACGGUCUGCAGCAUCGCACUCGCCGCUGUGGGGAGCAGCAGCAGGCAGAGCUCCACCACUGCCAGGGCAACCUGACCCAGAGCAGGCCCUGCCGGCCCCACGAGGUCCCAGUGAUUUUACCGGGACCAGAUGAGCAAAGCUGUGGAGCCUUCACUCUGUUCCAGCUGCUCGCCGUGGGCUCAGCCAGCUUCUUUGCGGCGGCGCUGCUGUCAGGGCUGGUGUACUCCUACUGCCACCACCUAAACCGCCAAUCCGCCGAGUCAGCCGUCAUCCACCCAAGUGCCCCUAACCACCUGACCUACAACAAGCAGGGCAACGCUGCACCAAAGAACGAGAAGUACCUCCCCAUGGAGUUCAAGAUGUUGAACAAGAACAACCUUCACGUGAAUGACGAGACGUGCAACCACUUCCCAUCCUCCACCAACAUGUUCUCCACCACCUACUACCCCCCCUGUGUCAGCAAGUACGACUUCCACCCUGACUCCCCCUGCAGGACCUUCCUCCACAGCUGAGAGGAGGCGGGGCUCCAACAUCAGGCCACGCCUCCUUCUGCUCCUCAUCACCUCCAUCCUGCUUUUAGAAAAAAACGUUUUACGCUUUCAGGCCAAAUUUCAGAUCCUUUACAGAGAGAUGCUGCGAUCGGGCCGCUGCAGACGUUUCUCUGUUUGAUGUUGAGUUCCUCAAAGAUCCUUCAGCAGGAGCUCACUACGGAUCAGCAGCUCCACAGCGUUAUUGGAAUGUAAAGAACGGAUCUUCUGAACGGAAGGAGGAGCUUCUAAAGUCUUCAUCCGGCUUUGUUUGUCGAGAAGAACUCAAGAUUCAAACGGCAGACUUUUGAAAUUUCUAAAAGAGAAAAUUUCUGAGGGUUAAGCUCUCCACGAAACUCCAUGAAGACAAAUCUAACAUGAAUGUCAACCAAAUUAUAACCAAUUUUCCUUUUCUCACAAGAGUUUUUUCCUCUGAAAGUCGGCUUGCUUUUCAUUUUCUUGUUCUGUUUGAAGUGGGAGAAAAAAACUACUUCAAGAACAAUUUGGGGUAAACACCUGUGCUCCUUGUCCCUCUGGAUCUCAUGUGAGACGAAAAUCAUGACAAUCCACUUAUCCUCACAUCACAUGAGUGGAUCCACAGACAACGUUCAAUGGUGAGGAGCAGAAACACAGGAAGAAGGAAGUCUGCUGGCUCUCAUUUUUCACCAACUACUCAUAUGUUCCCUUUUCAGAAGCUUCUCUGUCUGCACAUUUUCAUUCCUCACUUUGAAUCGCUUUAUUGAAAAGGGUUCAAAGGGACAGAGCUCAUGGAAACAUCAGUUUGCAAAAGGAACAAACGACAGUGAUAAAAACGAUGACCAAAAAUGUAACUGUUUCUGUGUUGGGAGAUUUAAACUCACAUUACAAUUUUCCAUAUGGAACUAAAAUAUUCCUGAAUUAUUAAAAAGCUAAAAAGUGCGAAAAGGGACUUUUUCAUUCAGGGAAAGGGAUCUUUUCCUUUCUGACUAAAGUUGAUGAAGCGACAGGAGCAUGACCUAAAGACCGUCGAGUUUGAAGUUUCAUCUGGAUGAUGGUUCUCCCUCAGAGCAAAGCUGACCUGCUUUUAUUUCAGUCCCUUUCUGCAGGAAUGAUUCAUUCAAAAAAGUUCUUCAGUCCAGGAAAGUUCUGUUUCUUUAAAGUGGACAAAAACAUCACAAUGAGGAAAAAUCCCAUUUUAUUUAGACAUUUUUGUCUUAGAUUUCUGUAAAUUUGUUGUUUUUUUUUCCUCCCACAUUUCAGAUUAUUUUGACGUCACACGACCUUGAAGUUAUUUCCUAAGGAUUUCCUGGUUUCCAAACAGAAACACUGAUUACAGCUCAUCACAAAUGAAAAAGUGUUACAUGUGAGAUGUAUGAUCUAAAGCAAGAAGCCGUCAUUCUUUACCUGUCAGCUCGUUCAACUGAACUAAUUGGACUUCAGUACAUUAUUUUGUUUUACAGUCACCGCUUCAGAGAAAUUUGAAUUUUGCAUAAAUGAUCCCCAGGUUUUUAGUGUUUUACUGUUAACUUUGUUCAUAUUGUAUCAGAAACAUGUUUUAAACCAGUGAAAGAUCCUGUUUUCACAGCUGGUUCAGACUGCAUGAACUUCUUAGUCCUGAGCGUCGUUUCUGCUGUUCUUUUGACUACUGGAUAGUCGAGUCUCUGAAUUGCACUUGUGUCUACAUCAUUUCAGGGUUUGGAGUAUUUGGACUGGGGGAGGGGGGGUCACAGUAAAAGGCUUCUGUGCUUCACAAUUACAAUAAAUCUUUGUGCUGUAGUUUGUCUCUUAACUGUUUUGGCCACAGAAGUUUGCGAACUGGAACACUGUUGAACACUGUAAACAGUUUUUGUCAAAUGUGCACUGUAAAAAAAAUCAAGCUGAAUAUUUAUAAUGUUGUCCUGACGUCAAAAGUGUCGGUGCUCUUUUGGUGAAUAUUUCUUUCAGAAUAAAAGCAUUAGGUGAGUUUC